UCAUUCUUUUAGUUGUCAAUUGACAUUCAACAAACUCACAUUCAACCGGAAUUUUAUUUCUUUCUGCGAAAAAAUCACUUUUUUUUCAGCGAAAAACCAACUGUUUUUUUUUUAAAGUGUUAUUUUAGCUCAGACUCCCGACGCUAAUAUUUUGUAUAAAUAUGGAUAAAAAAGACGCUCGCUCUUGUUGUCGUCACGGUCCUGGCUAUGCAACACCAUUGGAUGCCAUGAAGAAUGGGCCGCGUGAGAAAUUGCUGUACGUAGUGGUUGUUCAACCGAAUUUAGAUCAACCGGAUGGCGAUUACCUGGCUACCGUUGAUGUUGAUCCAACGAGUAAAACUUACAGUCAAGUGAUUCAUCGUACUUAUACAAAAGUCAAAGGAAACGAACUUCAUCACUCUGGUUGGAAUACCUGUUCAAGCUGUUUUGAGCUAAAAUCUGAAGAUGUAUCAAUUCCAAAGCGUGACAAAUUAGUUUGCCCGUCGCUUAAUUCCAAUCGCAUUUACGUAUUUGAUUUGAGCAGCGAUGAGCGAAAACCAGUUUUGUAUCGCGAAAUUGACGGCUCCGUAUUGGAUGAGCAUAAUGUUAGUGCUCCGCAUACGACGCAUUGUAUGUAUGAUGGAACGGUUUUGAUUUCAACGAUGGGCGAUCGCAAUGACAAUGCAAAAGGUGAAUUCAUUCAAUUUGACAGUGAGUUCAAUUGUUUAGGCACAUGGACACGUGGAGACGUUCGACCCGAUUGUGGCUACGAUUUUUGGUAUCAGCCACACUUUGAUGUACUUGUUGCAUCCGAAUGGGGUGCACCGAAAUUAUUCAAAAGAGGUUUCAAGAUGAGCGAUAUCGAGAAUCCAAAGGAGUAUGGCAGAAGUUUGCAUUUUUAUCGUCUGUCUGAUCACAAGCUAUUUCAAACGAUUAACUUGGGUGAAGACGGCAUAACACCGUUGGAAGUGCGAUUUCUACACGAUCCACUCAAAUGCAUCGGUUUCGUUGGUUGCGCAUUAAAUAGCAAUUUGUAUUGCUUCUAUCGGCCAAAUGAGAACGAUGAAAAAUUUGUAUGCGAAAAAGUCGUUGACAUACCAAACAUGACGGUUUUGGAGAACAAUGUCGAAGUGAAACGGGGAGGAAUGAUGUCCGACAUUUUAAUUUCAUUGGAUGACAAAUGGUUGUAUUUGAACAAUUGGCUGCACGGUGAUGUGAGACAGUACGAUAUAAGCGAUCCCAAAAAGCCAAUAUUGAAAGGUCAAUUGUUUUUGGGCGGUGUUGCAAAUCUUAAAAACGUUAGCAAUGUGGACGAUGAUAAAGAUUCGGCACUGAAGCCGGUGUUUAUGAACGGACGCCGAUUGGAAGGUGCACCCCAGAUGCUUCAGCUUUCGUUAGACGGCAAACGACUUUAUGCAUCAUCAAGUUUAUACUCGCCAUGGGAUCGACAGUUCUAUCCGGAAAUGAUUGAGAAAGGUGGCCAUGUGGUGAUGAUUGAUGUAAAUAACAAAACCGGUGGACUUACAUUGAAUCCCGAUUUCUUUAUCGAUUUUGGCAGUGAACCAAAUGGUCCGGCAUUGCCACAUGAAAUUCGCUAUCCGGGCGGCGACUGUACAUCCGAUGUGUGGCUCGCUGAAACAGCAAACAAAUGAAAAAAAAAACUUUGCGAAAUUAACAAGUCGUUUUAAACAAUAUAAACUCGGUUGUAGAACAAACAUUUAGAUGGUUUUAAUGAGAUAACAACUUGUUAAAAGAUAUUUUUUUUCUUUAAUACUAUAUCUGGACAAUAAAAAUGUGUUGCACUUAUCAGUUGAAAUAAUAAAUGAA